AUGUUGGAUUCACUCGAGUCUGCUAUUGAAACAUAUUACAAAUUCAAAGAAGGAAGGACUUCAAUGGAAUACACGAGAGAAAAUCGACAUCGUAGUGGUGUCCCCACACUAUUACAUCUUUCACAACAAUGCAUCAAACGUCACGUCUUUCAGCUUCUGGAUGUAGGGACUACCCCAUAUCAUUUACUAGAGCCAGUGCUAGCUAUGAUGUCUGCAAAACAACUAGACCAGCUUGAAUCAAGUUCCACACAACUACUACCUUAUAGUGACAAGCUUUGGCGGUCUUUAAUAAUAAAGGACUUCCCCGACAGACCGCCGGAUAUCGGCCCAUUAGAGGAUGUGGGUGAGACGAUGCCAUAUAAGUCAUUGUACAAUAAAUAUGUCAAAGAGAGAGAUGAGUUUCGAAAGAAUUCAAGAAAGAGACUUCAACAUAUGCAGGAAUCUUUGAGGAAAGAGAAGCAGAAAAAUCAAGUUGUUGCAGUAAGUGAAUUACUCAGAGAUCCAUCAAGAAAGAUUAGAAAUUACUCAGGAACUGGUGGUGGAUAUCGCCAACUGACGACACAGCCGUGGAAUAAAAACUCUAUACUUGGCAAAGCAACGAGAGAUGUUCAAAGUAGACAGAUAUAUUUUGGGAAGCAACCACAAAAACGAUACGAUCCGUAUGAUGCAUUCAAUUUCAAAAGUGAACUACCUUUGAGGGUACCGAGAAAACCAAUCCUGAGAAGAACCGUACUAGCUUCAUCAAAAUACUCGCAACCACAACUGCAAUCGCAACUGCAACUGCAAUCGCAACCACAACUACAGACACAUGAUAUAAGCCGUAUUAAGCCUCAAGUAGAGGAAAGAUCCAUCUCACCAAAUCCUCCACCUAGUGCUGAGGAGCUUGAGCAAAUUGCAAAAAGAAGGCGACAGCAGCAACAGCAACAACCACCAUCGAUAUUUCUCCACAAGCGGAAGCCACCUAUUAGCUCGCCACGGCGUGUUCAAAAACCAAGACCCGUUGAAAAAUCAAUAAGAGUGUCCACAAAGGAACUGGGGAAGGAACCACCAAGUAAAAUUAAACAAAUAAAAUCUUCCAUUUUCAGUUAA